AUGGUGAUGGUAAGAGCAGAUUCAGGGAAUUAUGGAGAUGCAUUAACGAAGAGUAUUUUGUUCUUUGAAGGCCAAAGGUCAGGAAAAUUGCCACCUUCUCAACGUUUGACAUGGCGAAAAGAUUCUGCUCUUAACGAUGGCUCGGAUGCUCAUGUUGACAUGGUUGGAGGAUACUAUGAUGCUGGUGACAACAUAAAAUUUCAUUUUCCAAUGGCAUUCUCAACGACGAUGUUGGCUUGGGGUGUGUUAGAAUUUGGGAACUCAAUGGGUUCAGAUCUUGAACAUGCUUUGGAAGCGAUCAGAUGGGGAAGUGACUACUUCUUGAAAGCCACAAGAAACCCUAAUAAUCUUAUUGUUGCUCAAGUUGGAGAACCUUAUGGCGAUCAUGAUUGUUGGGAGAGACCAGAAGACAUGGACACUCCCAGAAACACUUAUGUUCUUACUCCAAACAAGCCUGGUUCUGAGCUUUCUGCAGAAAUUGCUGCUGCUCUUGCUGCUUCUUCCAUGGCAUUUUCUGCAUCAGAUAAUCAAUAUUCUAAAUGGCUUCUUAGCCAUGCCAUACGGGUAUUUGACUUUGCAAAUAACAAUCGUGGAUCUUACAACGCAAGUGUUGGAGCAGCAUGCCCCUUCUACUGUGAUUACAAUGGCUACAUGGAUGAGUUGAUAUGGGGAGCGGCAUGGUUGUACAAGGCAACAAAAAUGAGGAAAUAUUGGGAGUUUGUGAGAUCAAACAUAGGAAGCAUAGAAAGCCAGCCAGUGAUUCGGAACAUCAAAGGAGUUGCAGUUCUAUUGAAUGGUGGAAGCUUUGCUGAAUUUGGAUGGGACUGCAAGAUUGCUGGAAUUAAUGUUCUUGUUUCUCAGUGGGUAAUGGGUGAUCCUUCCAGUGCCAGCCCCUUCAUUCCAAACGCAGACGCUUUUGUGUGCUCUGUAUUGCCCAAUUCUCCAACCAAAUCAGUAUCCUACUCCAAAGGUGGGCUUAUGUUCAAACCUGGAUCAAGCAACCUUCAACAUGUGACUUCAACAUCUUUCCUCCUAAUUGUUUAUGCACGUUACAUGCAAGCUGCUAAAAAAGUAGUCAACUGUGGAAGUGUUACGGCUGAUCCAAAUACACUCAUCAACCUCGCCAAAUCUCAAGUUGAUUAUAUUCUUGGAAACAACCCAUUAGGGAUGUCAUAUAUGGUGGGAUACAGCAACAAGUUUCCACAAAAGAUUCAUCACCGUGCUUCAACCAUGCCUUCGCUUGACCAGCAUCCACAGCACAUCACCUGUCGCGAUGGAGAUCAAUACUUCAAAUCCAACGCACCAAACCCUAACAUCCUCAUCGGCGCCCUUGUCGGAGGUCCAGCCGAAGAUGACACUUUUGAAGACUCGAGAUAUAAUGUUGGUCAGUCCGAGCCUGCUACUUACCUUAAUGCUCCCUUUGUGGGUCUUGUGGCUUACUUCAAAUCGCCUCAAGCUUCUAGCUUUGUUGACUUUGGCUUUAGGGAUUUCACUAAUUAA